AUGUUUGUCAAGGAUUUUAAGAAGAAUUUCUAUGACGCUAUACAAAAUCAGCGAGUUCUGGUACUGGUGUCUUUCGAUGUGGAUGCAUUAUGUGCAUGCAAGAUUUUGCAGUAUCACUAUACACCAUCAGAGAAUUAUAGUCAGCGGAUGCUUGUUGCUAUGGUUACAUGUGUUGUUUCAGUAUCUGUUCCAGAUGCUACACCAUUGUGCGGUAGUCCCAUACACCAUUGUCAGAAGGCGUGGGUCAGUGGCCUGGAAGACCUGGAGCGGGCCUUCGUAGAGAAUUCAGAAGGCAUCAAGCAUGUUGUGAUGAUCAACUCAUGUGCCACUGUGGAUGUUGUUGAGAUGUUGCAGCCACCGAGCACGCCCGGCUUCUACAUCAGUGACAGUCACCGUCCGGUAGACAUCCACAAUGUGUUUAACGCUGUGCAGGUCAAGUUGUUGAUGAAGGAGGAGGAGUUGACGGAGCUGCCAGAGUACGAUGAAGUCUUCAGGGACGACAGUUCAGACGAGGACUCUGGUAAUGAGAGUGACAGUUCUGACAGAUCGGGGAAAAAACGGAGGUUUGACGAGGCAGCCAUAGACAGACGGAGAGAAAAGAGAUUGUGGAACGAAAAUAGGAACAAGGUCAUAUUUGACUACACAAAGUUCACAUCAUAUGGAACUUCAUCCUCCUUAUUAAUGUUUGAAAUGGCGUGGAAGAUGUCUAAAGACACCAAUGAUUUAUUGUGGCUGGCUAUUAUCGGUGUGUCAGACCAGUAUGUUCAUUUCAAGACCCCAAGAGACAAGUACAUGGAUGAUGUUAUGGCGCUACAGUCUCACGUAGCUCGGCACAACCAUCGAGGAGACGACGAGGAGAACCUCAUCUCCAUCAACUGUUUGAAAAUUGUGUUUGAUGAGGAGCUGACGCUGACGAUGUACCGCCACUGGUCCUUGUUUGAGUCCAUCUGUCACUCGGUCGGGAUGGCGUGCAAGUUCAAGGUGUGGACGCUCAAGGGACAGAAGAAACUCAAUGAGUUCUUAGCAGAGAUGGGGAUGCCACUGAACCAGUGCAAGCAGAAGUUCUCAGCCAUGGACACGGAGCUGAAGGGCAACAUCAAGGGCAUGAUACAGGACCAGAUGAACAAAUAUGGGCUGGUGAUGCAGGACAUAGUGAUCCCAUCAUUCUCAGCCCAAUAUGGCUACCGAAACAAGCUGUGUGCCACGGACGCUGUGUACGCAUGCUGUGCAGUAUUGGAAGGAACUGAGAAAGGCAAGACUCCCAAUGAUUGUUUCCUUGAUGCAGUUGAUAUUCUAACAAGGUCAAAUGUGGCCGCUUUAGAGAAGGGACUUGAAUUGGCUAAACGUCAGCUGAAGGCUGUGGUCACUCAGGUCCAGACAUUCCUGGACAUGCAUCAGGUCAUCUCUGCUGGACCCUUCCUCUACGCCCUUAUACAGGAGGGAACGGCAGAUGUGAAGUUUUUCUCCAAAGUCAACUGCCUGAUUCGGCUGGCUCGGUUCACACUUGAAGCACACUGCUCAGUGAGUCGCAGUAAGAAGGCGAGGACGCUGCCUCUAGUGCUGGGUGCCCCCCUCAACACAGAGCAGGGGACGACACUGGUGAUCGGCAUCCCUCCGCUGGAGCUGGACGACGAGAGGAAAAACUUCUUUGGAAAGGCCUUUGAACAAGCGGCAAGCAGCACCAACUCCCGGACUCACCACGACUAUUUUGACUCACAUGUGAUGGAGAUGAAGACAGACGACAGGAGCAAGUUCUUUGAUGCCCUCCUCAACUUGCUACAGACAUGAGUCCUGUGGUCGCACUGCUUCUAUUUAUUUCUACAACUACCCAACGUCACCAGGGCCCACUUGCACAAAGUGACCUUAGUGCUACGACUGUCUUAGGCCUAUGUUGGAGAAUGGAAGUUAGGGUCAUUGUAGCGCUAAGGACGCUUUGUGCAAGUGAGCGCAGAUGCCAGUGUCAGUCAGUCAGGUCGUCCAGUCCAAUAAAACAACUUCUGUUAAUUUCUGCAACUACUACAAAGUUAUGUAAUUCCUGUCUUUGUUGUUGCCAUAGCAUUAUUCACAUGACCCUUUACUGGAGGUUGUUGAAACGGGUCCCAACCAAACAGACCUGUGGCGAUCCGGGUUAGAAUUGGUCUUCAGCAACCCAUGCUUGUUGUAAGAGGCAACGAAUGGGAUCGGGUGGUCAGGUUCGCUAAAUUGGUUGACACAUAUCAUC